AAGCCCAAUGGCGCCGCAUCCCGAUAGGCAGAGCUAGCACGAACUGACUUCCUCCUCGUGGUUUUCUGGUGCGCGUCAAGGCAGAAGCUUAGGGGGAGAGGCAGUCGAGGCAGAGCUAUCUCCGGCGAGGUCGAUCGAGCAGAGCAGAGUUGAUACAAGGGAGCUCCUAUCCAUCAGCAGCAGAGCAGAGGAUGUCGUGCCUUGGCCGAGCGGCGGUGCCGGUGAAGCGGGUCUGGCGCGGCCUCAGCGCGCGCCUCGGCCUCCGGCGAGCCACCGGGCUGGGCAGGCUGCGGAAGGAGGUGCGGACGUGCGAGUACCGCGACGUGCACGUCAUGUGGGAGAUGCUCAGCAGCACCGGAAGCACCAGGGCUGGAGGAGCCACGCCCGACGUCGCCGCCGGCAAGGCCUCAAGGAGGACGAGGAGGAGGAGGAAGCCCGUCGCGUGGAGCCGGCUGGUCUCCUACUGCUGCGCUCUCUGAUGCUCCGAGCUGAGCUGCUCGUCAGAUUCUUGAGACUGACGGACAGAAAGAGAUCCUCUCAUCUUCUGCGUUCUUGACUGGAGCAUGGAGUUCAUCGAUCAAUCAAGAGCCAGUACGGUCCUGUUUGGAACGGAGGAAUUUCGUGUCCAACAUUUUGUUCCAUUCAAAGAACAAAAUGUUUCGGUAGGUGCGUGUGUGUCGUUUCAGAGUUGUACAUACAGGCUGCUAGGAUUUUGAUCCAUGCUCGUUAGUUGUCACUUAUAUUACCGGUAUGUUCGGCCAAUUCUGUUCGUGUCUUUGGUUGCCCAUCCGAGCUGUGGUUCCAUCAAUUCUUUGCCGUGGUUCCAUACUAUUUUUACGUGUUCAUGUGAACCAGUUUCGGUUUUCUGUAACAGAAAAUAAAUACAAAUCACGAUGAGGAAAUGGGCAGA